CUGGAGAUUGUGACCGGGCUCGAGGCCAGGCAGGUGGGGUUUCGCUCCCUGACCGAGCAGAUGGAUACGACCACACCGCACGGCGCGUUCUUGUUCAGCGUGUUCGGCGCUUUGGCGCAGUAUGAACGGGCCUUGGCAAGGGAGCGGAUCAUGACCGACCUGGAGGCAGCGAGAAAACGCGGCAAAUGGGGCGGGCGCCCACGCGUCAUCGAUCCCGAGAAACUGGAAGCGAUCCUCUCGGCGCUGGAGAAUGGCGCCAGCAAGGCCGCGGUGUGCCGUAACUUCGGGGUCAAGCGGGCGACGCUCUAUCGUGCGUUGGCGGGAAUCGGGAUGUGA